CUUUACUGGGGCGCAUCAUUACUGGUCAUGGCAUAUACCUUCGUCAAUGAGAUGCUCAAGACUAGGAAUGUGAGUCAAGAUAUUGAAGUUCGGUUACCGUGUCUCAGGCCAGCCCAUGCUGCACUGGUUGUUCCCGAUGAUUCCAACAACAAUCUUGGCGCCGCAAACUAUCUUGUCGAGGAACGGAUUAGUGUGAAAUUCGUUAAAUAUAUCAACAAAAUCUCCGCCGUUCCUGCCUGUAGUCUAGAGGGCGGAGAAACGGUCAUUAUAAUGUUGUUAUGCUUCGUGCAACAUGUCCAAUGUCGCCUUACUGGCAGUAUGGUUUACCUAUCUGAUUUUUAG